CCUUCCAAGACUUUGUCCAGCCGCCACCAUGCACAGACACACUUUUACCGCCCUCAACUCCACUUUCAUCGUCGAUUCCGAGUACCAAUUCGUCAAGGAACUCGGUCAAGGCGCUUAUGGGUGUGUGGUCGCUGCCAGACAUCGUAGAUCAGGCGAGGGUUGUGCCAUUAAGAAAAUUACCAAUAUAAAUACGAAACGUAUUUUGACAAAGCGAUGUCUGAGAGAGAUCAGGCUAUUGCAUCACUUCCGAGGACACAAGAAUAUCACCUGCGUGUACGAUAUGGACAUUGUAUUUCAACCCAAUGGCAACUUCGAUGAAGUGUAUCUCUAUGAAGAGUUGAUGGAGGCCGAUUUACAUGCUAUCAUUCGAUCUGGUCAACCCCUCACGGAUGCACACUUCCAGUCUUUCCUUUACCAGACCCUCUGCGGGCUCAAAUACAUCCAUUCGGCCAAUGUCUUGCACCGCGAUCUCAAACCCGGAAACCUCCUGGUUAAUGCUGACUGCGAACUCAAAAUUUGCGACUUCGGGCUUGCUAGAGGUUAUACUCCUGGAGGGGGGACGUCGAAAGCCGCUGGAAAUCAAGGUUUCAUGACUGAAUAUGUAGCGACCAGGUGGUACCGAGCUCCAGAAAUUAUGCUGAGCUUUGCCAACUACACCACUGCCAUUGAUGUAUGGUCUGUAGGCUGUGUUUUGGCUGAGCUUUUGGGCGGCAAGCCCAUUUUUAAGGGUCGGGAUUAUGUUGAUCAGCUUAACCAAAUUCUUCAUUAUCUCGGAACGCCAUCUGAGGACACGCUUCGACGUGUCGGAUCGCCCCGCGCCCAAGACUAUAUCCGAUCUCUUCCUAUCAAGCCACGGAUACCUUUCUCGACGCUGUUCCCUCAUGCCAACCCCCUAGCCAUUGACUUACUCUCGGGCAUGCUGUGCUUUGAUCCAGCCAAGCGAAUAAGUUGCGAAGAGGCGCUGAGGCAUCCUUACCUCCAAGUAUGGCAUGACCCGGCUGACGAGCCUAUUUGUGAUUCGAAGUUCGAUUUCGGAUUCGAAGAAGAGGACAGUAUUGAUGGAAUGAAGAAAUUGAUUAUUGAUGAAGUAAAUUCCUUCCGUGUUGAAGUUCGCGCACAGGCUAGGGCCGCGGGUCAAAUUCGCCGACAGGACAGUCUUCCACUUCCGUCUCGGGAUGAGAUCAUGAACUCCCCAAUGCAAGGUCAAGAGGGAACGACCUCUGGCUUUACAUCCCCUCCUCAAUCCAACAGGCCGCCUACGCCUGUCAUGGAUGAUCCCAGCGAAGAGCUGGAACGGGAGUUGGCUGGCACUCACAUCGAUGCAAGGAGAUCGUAAUGGAUAACAUGUAGUCGUGAUAAAAAAUCACCGAUAUGCAUACAGACAGUCGUUUAUUUAUGC